UGUGCCUGUGUUUAGCUCUGGGGAGAGUCAAACUGGAUUCCAUAGGGAAAGCCUGCAAAUCACUUCUAUUUUAGCAAGGAGAAAACAGAAUCUCCAUCCAGCAGGGUCCACCCCUCUCUCUUUCUCCCUCUCCUCUCUCUCUUUCUCUCUCUCUGUCUUUCCCUCCCCCCUUCUUCUCUCCCUCUCUCUCCCCCCUUCCCCCCACCCCACUCUCCCUCUCUGGUGUAUCUGUCUACGGCAACCAGCGUGCUCCUCAUCUAUACGCACUGAAAGGAAAGAAACAUCUUUGGUUGGGAGAGAAGGAGGAAAAAAAAAGAGAGAGGAAAAAACUUGCCUGGUUGUGGAAAAUGACACUUGAAGUAGCAAAGCCGGCAGCGCGAGUUGAGUCUAUUGUUUCUUAAAUUGCCAUCAGGGCUUUUUUUUUUUUCUUCCUGCUUCUUCAAGUGAAGGGUACCUCUACAAAAGGAAACUCCAGCCCCUCCUGUCCUCCACCGGCCUGUGAUCAUUACAAAAAAAAAAAAAAAGCACCCAAACCAAAAAUUAACCAACCAAACAACCCCCAACAGCCAAGCAUACAUCUCUAUUUUUUUUAUUUUGGUCUUUUCGUUGGAUUUUCCCUUCUUUUUUUCUCUCCUUUUUUCCCCCCAGGUUAUCGCUCAGUUUUGAGCGAAGGUUUAGAUUUUUUAAAAAAUUUGCUUUUCAGCCCGCCUUGAUCUUCUAGCGCGAGUUCAUCGUCUCAAAGAAAAAAAAAAAUCUCUGGCUGGCGUUUUCUUUCCUUUUUUUUUUUUUUUUUUAAUAUUUUCAAGGGGGAGGAGAUUUUCCACAAGAAAAGGUUGUUUUCAUGUUUGGGAUUCAGGAAAGCAUCCAACGGAGUGGAAGCAGCAUGAAGGAAGAGCCGCUGGGCAGCGGCAUGAACGCGGUGCGGACGUGGAUGCAGGGCGCCGGGGUGCUGGACGCCAACACGGCGGCGCAGAGCGGGGUGGGUCUGGCCCGGGCUCACUUUGAGAAGCAGCCGCCUUCCAAUCUGCGGAAAUCCAACUUCUUCCACUUCGUCCUGGCCCUCUACGACAGACAGGGCCAGCCCGUGGAGAUCGAGAGGACGGCCUUUGUGGGGUUCGUGGAGAAGGAAAAAGAAGCCAACAGCGAAAAGACCAAUAAUGGGAUUCACUACCGGCUCCAGCUCCUCUACAGCAAUGGGAUAAGGACGGAGCAGGAUUUCUACGUUCGCCUCAUUGACUCCAUGACAAAACAAGCCAUAGUGUAUGAAGGCCAAGACAAGAACCCAGAAAUGUGCCGAGUCUUGCUCACACACGAGAUCAUGUGCAGCCGCUGUUGUGACAAGAAAAGCUGUGGCAACCGAAAUGAGACUCCCUCAGAUCCAGUGAUAAUUGACAGGUUCUUCUUGAAAUUUUUCCUCAAAUGUAACCAAAAUUGCCUAAAGAAUGCAGGAAACCCACGUGACAUGCGGAGAUUCCAGGUCGUGGUGUCUACGACAGUCAAUGUGGAUGGCCAUGUCCUGGCAGUCUCUGAUAACAUGUUUGUCCAUAAUAACUCCAAGCAUGGGCGGAGGGCUCGGAGGCUUGACCCCUCGGAAGGUACGCCCUCUUAUCUGGAACAUGCAGCUACUCCCUGUAUCAAAGCCAUCAGCCCGAGUGAAGGAUGGACGACGGGAGGCGCGACUGUGAUCAUCAUAGGGGACAAUUUCUUUGAUGGGUUACAGGUCAUAUUCGGUACCAUGCUGGUCUGGAGUGAGUUGAUUACUCCUCAUGCCAUCCGUGUGCAGACCCCUCCUCGGCACAUCCCUGGUGUUGUAGAAGUCACAUUGUCCUACAAAUCCAAACAGUUCUGCAAAGGGACACCGGGAAGAUUCAUUUACACAGCGCUCAACGAACCCACCAUCGAUUAUGGUUUCCAGAGGUUACAGAAGGUCAUUCCUCGGCACCCUGGCGACCCUGAGCGUUUGCCAAAGGAAGUGAUACUCAAAAGGGCUGCUGACCUGGUAGAAGCGCUAUAUGGGAUGCCACACAACAACCAGGAAAUUAUUCUAAAGAGAGCAGCUGACAUUGCAGAGGCCCUGUACAGUGUGCCCCGCAACCACAGCCAGCUCCCGGCCCUCACUAACACCUCGGUCCACGCGGGAAUGAUGGGCGUGAAUUCCUUCAGUGGACAACUGGCAGUGAAUGUCUCUGAGGCGUCGCAGGCCACCAAUCAGGGUUUCACCCGCAACUCAAGCAGCGUAUCGCCACACGGGUACGUGCCGAGCACCACUCCCCAGCAGACCAACUAUAACUCCGUCACCACGAGCAUGAACGGAUACGGCACUGCUGCCAUGUCCAAUUUGGGUGGCUCCCCAACCUUCCUCAACGGCUCAGCUGCCAACUCGCCCUACGCCAUCGUGCCAUCCAGCCCCACCAUGGCCUCCUCCACAAGCCUCCCCUCCAACUGCAGCAGCUCCUCGGGCAUCUUCUCCUUCUCACCAGCCAACAUGGUCUCAGCCGUGAAACAGAAGAGUGCUUUCGCGCCAGUCGUCAGACCCCAGACCUCCCCGCCUCCCACCUGCACCAGCACCAACGGGAACAGCCUGCAAGACCAGUCUUUUGUGGACUCUAGGAAGCUCUCCAUUGCAGGGUCUUUCCCUGGACUGGCCUUCUCCUGAAGUAGGUCACUCAACCUUCCCUUCCUGUCACCUAUGUCACAGCGAACAUGUGUGGGGCUGAUAAUGGGGAGUGGGUGAGCCAUGGCCCAACCAGAGCCCUGAGGUUACAGCAUCAGAGACCAAAGGCCCAAGACUUACUGCUGGGAACCAGAAACCCCAAAAUGCUACUAGAGUAUUCUGGUUCAUAUUAAAAUUGUUCAAUUUCGUCCUCAUCAUGGAAUAUGGAAAUAAUAGAGUCACCAAGAGUUGAUGUGACCUUUCUAUUCAUUGAGAAAAAAAUCCUACCCUUUUAAAAUGGGUCCACCAUUUCUUACAUUUUCUUAUGUGCUGGCACUGGGUUUUGGUGUUGACCUGCACAACUGCAUUCAUUCUCCCACUGCUGAGUUGUGUGUUGGCUUCUCAUAGCCCCUACUUUACAGAUGAGAAAACUAAAGGUUAGGGAGGUUACGAAGGUUGUGAAGUUCUGUGGGAGAAGCUGGCUUCAAACUCAGGCUCAGAAAUGCAUCUCCUCUUUCCAUCUCUCAAACACUUCGUUACACAGAGUGGGUAAAAAGGAUGUAUCCAGGAUUCCUAAGGCAGCUGGCAGGGAAAUACGAUCAAUAAAAUAAUCAGCUACCGUUUAUCGAUCACUGAAGAGUAUGCCAGACUCUGUGCUAAACACUGAGUAUGCUCCAUCUUAUUUAAUCCUCACAACAUCCUGAUGAAAUAUGAGGACUCUUAUGAUCUCGAUUGUACAGAUGAUGAAACUGAAGCAUAAAGAGAGUAAAUACCUGCCCAUAAGCAUAGCCAGUAAAUGGUGGAGAUGAAUAUAAACCCCAGCAGGGUCUGUGCCCCCAACCCCCAGUCUACACAGCUCCCACAGUGUCUUCCUUCAGUGGCAGCCAUGCCCAUCUUCACUGAUGGCAGUCAGCUGUGGAGGUCAGGAGGCUCAGCAGGACAGCAUACAUGUGUGGGAUUUCGCAGCCUGUUGUUUUUGUGUGUAAGCCUGUGUAUAUUUAUUUAUACUUAAGUACACAUGUACUCUGCACUGGACACAUUACAUUGAUAUAAGCUUAUAUCGAUUCUCCUAAAGCCCCUAUGAGGUCACUACUAUGCUCAUUGUAUAGAUGGGGAGAUUAAGGCCCAAUUUGCUCAAGGCCACACAGCUAGUAAUGAUGGAGGCAAAAUUGAACCCAAACCAUGUGACUCCAGAACCUGAGCUCCGAAUCACUGUGCCUCUCUGACUCCAGGAGAGCGUUAGACCAUUCCUCAGAAACCUGCUGGGAAAUCUGCCCAGCACAGCCAAAGGUGGGGCCCCAUAGCAUGCCCGUGCCCCUCCUCUAACAUGCACUGGCAAAGCCAUCUUCUUAAGGGAAGAGGAAGAUAAGCUGACUGAGGAACUCCCUUGCGGUCAAUAUUAUUGAUGAUAGUAAUGCCCACCCCCACAAAGGGGAGCCUCCCAUUCAUGCAAGUCUGACUCUUUUUCAGUGAAAAAUAAUGCUUUGUCAUCCCCAGUACACCUCCAGCUGGCAAACGAGGGAUAUAAUGCUUAAGCAAACAUAACUUAUAAUGGAUGUAAAUAAGGUUAAAACAUACGGAAAGCUCAAAUCUGCCAUUCUUGAGGUGCCAGUCGCAGCCCUUGUUAAACACAGAUUUGAUAUGAGGAACAAGAUAUAAUGGGAUUUGUAAUCAACAGCAGAGAGGGGGUGCUUGAGAAGAAAAGGCCCACGGCUCUUGGAUGGUCAGCAGCUGUGUCACCGGCCAACAGUGACUUCAGAGGGCAGCCCUUCAGUGAGGCGAGGCUGUGUCUUUUCAUGCUGUGUGGACCAAGGAGGGAGCAGGAAGGGACUGAAAAUAGGGACUUGGCCCAGAUUUUAGAAUCUCCUGGAUUUAGGGACCAUCUGGUGGCGUAGGGGUAUAUGUGUGUGUGUGUGUUUAAGUAAUGAGGAAAUGGCUUCAAGACAGGGACACAUUGAGAGUUUGUGCAUUUGUCACCCCUAGAGUGUUUCUAACUCAAGUCUGCACUGAUUCCAAAACUACAGAGACCGUUGCUCGCUUCUGAUUAGCAGCUGAGUCUCCAUGCCUCCAUCACAUUUCCAAUAGGCAGCCGCACAGCAUGGAGCGUCUGAGGUGUAACUCAGGGACACACUUUGUGCUGGACUUGCUGUUGCGGACGACACUGCCCUUUCCUUCUGAUUGAGCAUGUGUACAGGAGAUUCUUUCUGCACUUUCCCCUACCCCGUGUUCCUGACUCUUCAGCGUGAUUAAAAAGAAAAAAAAGGGAGGUUUGUUUUUCCAAUACUGCUGUGUACCAAACGUCCCUGCUUUUGGGGAUGCCAGUGGAGGAGGUGUGAAUAGAGAAAUUAAAGUCAAAUUUACUGCAUCAUCUUCCUUUAAGCCGUCCUUCUUCUGGCCUGCUCUGCUCCCAACCACCAAACUCGCCAGGCACGGCCCACGUGGGCUUGGUUGGGCUACACUGUUGUUUCUAGGGAGCUCCUGCUUGGGGCCUCGGAGUCUCCCUUGAGAAAAAUGGCAUUCUGACAGUGGGCUCCUAGACGUGUAACUGAAGAAUUACUUCAUCUUUAGCUUUCUAAAUUCCACUUUUUCUAUUAAAAAAGGACCUAGGUGGAUCAUAGAAUUAGGGGUAAGAAUCUCUGAGUGUUUCAUUCUUUCUUCUCCUUUUCAUUGUUACAGUAACACCUGCUUCAUUUGGACCCAGCUAGUUCAGAAUUGUGAUCAUUAAGACAGGGCAAGUGACGAAGGAAGAGUUGGUUAAGCAAAUUGACCAUAUAAACAAGAUUAGGGGUGACACAGUUAGGCUGUUUAAGUGUUUUAAAGGCCUAUUUACCUCCAACUACCACUCUGCUAAUUGUACAUCAUUCUGGUUUUUUAAAGCCAACUUCUUAAAGGUCUUUCCCCAGCAGCCCUUUUGUAACCUCCUUUAGUGACUGCAUGCAUGUUUAUGCACCAAGAGAUAUGCACUGCAGUCUCCCAGGAUGGUGAUGACCACGGUCAUAGCCACUAACGUGUGAGGGCCUGCUCCCAGCCCGGCGUCUACAUUAUCUCCUGUAGUCCUCCCAACCACCCUUUGAUGUAGGCUGUUUAUUGUCCCCAUUUUACAGAUGCAGAAACUGAGACUUAAAGCCAAGAUGGGUCAUUCGGAGUUACACAGCUAGCAAAUAGAGGGAACCUUGGGUUAAAAACCAGGCAGACUGACUGCCGUGUAAGCCCCUAUGCCGUACGGCCAUAUUAUGUUCAAGCCACUGGGUUAUGGGUUCAAGCCCAUGUGGACUACAAAAUCCUAGCCUUACAAACUUUCCCUGUAUUAGGGCAAACAUGACCACAGUAAAGAAAGCGGAUCUGUCUGGGAGAGACUGGCACCAAGCUGUGGAAGUUCAGAGGAAGGAAAGACUAGGGCGAAUUCAGAAGUGCUUCAGGGAGAAGGUUGCCGUUGAGCUGGAUCUUGGAUGAAGGGCAAGUCGAAUUCUGGCACAGGGAGAUGCGGGAGGGGGCAUUUUAAGCAGAAGGAUUAGGAUAACCUGAGCCAAAGAGUCAUGUGCACUAACCAGUAAGCCGCUCAGCAUCCUGGAGCACAGGUGCCAAGAAGCAGGGAUAAGGUUGAGCAAGGAAGUCAUAAGCUCCAUUCUUUACAUAUAUUUUAUAAUUCACAAUUUCUACUCUGAUUCCAACUGGCUUUCUAUCCCAGGUAGAUAAAACCUAGGACAAUUUACCAUAUGUCUGAGAAAUUUUUUUAGGACAAAGCAACUCUUAUCUCAGCACUUCUGGAAUCUCACAAGAUGUUCUGUUAAAAAAAAUUAAAAUGUUAUGGUCAAACAAAUCUAGGAAAUAGUGCUUACUGAGUCGCUGUCUUGGAUAUCCACGAUGCAGCUAUGUCUAUAACAGGCUCUGAGACAUCCUGUGGUUAAACAAAAACGACUCUUCCAUUUAGUUUUGUGAACUUAUUUGCCCACAAAACGCUUUUCCAAAUGUUAAGACCCAUGAACAUCCCAUGAAAACUUUGGAAAAUGCAGCUGUAUUUUGGAUUUAAAGAGAAAUCUUCUUCUGUUCUUAUCUAGAUAAAGUCAUUGAUAAAUCCUGAUCCUAGAUUCCCCAAGUGUGUCUAUUUUCAUGGGUCAAAGACUUGAGACACCAGCUAUGCUCAGCCAUUGUCCUGGAGACAUCCUCUCCCUUCUCCUAAAGCUUAUGUGCCCUAGAGCGUGGAUCUAUACAAUUUCAACCCUCAGAAGACUUCAUUAACCAACGGAGAGGCAGCCCCAAGAAGGCUGUCAGCAUGCCAUUGGACCUACCCUCAAUGUAGUGAUUUUAAACCUUAACAAUGCCCUGUAUAGUCUCUGCAGUGAAAAGUUAAAAACAAAAGUCCAGAGUGAUUUCACAAAAAUUGUCCCCACAUACUGGUUGUUUUCUUUCCCUACCUUGUUGAAGCUCUGGCUGGCCAGCCCGACCUGACUCUGGAUAUCAUGCAGUCUGGUCGUGAGUCUCAUGGAAUUGUCUUUUCCUCAAUGCACAUGUUCAAUUUGUGCAAGAUCUGCCCCUCACCCCCCGUUCUGUUUCUGAGUAGCUCAUAAUUAUUACACAAAUGUAAUAUGGUUUCAGAAAGACCGCAUUCCACCCUCUCACUCCAAACCCUCCCAGCUCUGCAAAACUUUCCAUUUUUCUCUUUGUUCUUAUCAAAAAUUGGAAACCAUACUAAAAAUGCAUUGCUUUUCAAACCAAUGGUUUUCUGAGCCUGUAUCAGAGAAGGUGAUCACCCAGCUGCUGGGGAAAAUGGCAGAGCCACCUCGAUCUUGUGCUGUCUUGGCACAUGUUGCUCUCUGAGGGUGUCAUGUCCUCAUGGAAAUCUUCAUGGGCUCCACUUGGGCAAGUCAGUGUGCCAGUGGCACUUCUGGAACAUUCCAAGCCUCAAACACUCGUCCCUCUCACCCACAUAAGUAAUCUUGAGGAUUGCAGCACAGAUACAAGAAAAACAGCUCCUAACAACGCGGGAACUUCCCUGCAGUCAUGCAGUGAGGUUUCUUUAUGAAAAGACCUCUUUAGGGGUGUCUAAGCUCCGAGGCCAUGAAUGGGAAUUUUUUUCUCCCAAAUUUACUCAUCAGAAAGGGUUCUGCAUCGGGAGUUUAGGAAGUCACAGAUGAGAUUUAUGGAGCCGUAACCCCCUGAGAUAUGCAAAAUUCUGGGUGUAAGUAUGUGUGGACCUUCUUCUGGAGAGAGUUUCCGUGACUUCCUUAGGCUUGCAGAGAAGGUGGGAAAGUGUGGGCAGACCAAUGCUGCCUCCUUGACACCCUGAAAUAUGUUCAUUUGUUUAUGUGUUUUUAACUUUAAUUAUUUGCUAACAUGUGUAAACUGGGCUAUUUCAUCUUUUAAAAAAUCCACAUCUCCACCUUCUGUUGAAAUAAUGCAGUGGACCUGGUGGCUGUGAGCAGGCCUUCCUGCACAGCAGGUCGGGUAGGCGCUGACUCGCUGCCCGCACUAAAGGAGACAUGCCUUUGGCAGAGUCGCGUCAGUCCCCACUCAGGCACCCCCCUCACUCUCUCCCUGUCCUGGGCCCUCAGGGUGCUGGGGUUUGUGUUCCAGAAGAAGAGCUGUUAGCUACAGACUAGCACGGCUGUCACCUUUGCCUGACACCUUGUAAUCUGGCCCUAGUGGAGGUUUAAUGUAAUUAAUCUAACACACUUUUCAGGUACCGAAAUACUGCUUAGAUCUUUUUUAUUUUGAGCUCACAUUGGUUUAUAACGUUAUAUAAAUUCGAGGUGUGCAUCAUUAUAUUUCAGCCUCUGUAUAGACUGGAUUGUGUUCACUACCAUAAGUCUAGUUGCCCUUUUUUUUUUUUUUUUUUUUUUUUUUUACUUCUAGCCAUCCAAAUGGGAUGUUUUCAGGACCCAACUGAUAAUGUUGGCUGGGUCCACUGACUACAUUAGCAGGAGGUUGGUCAGUUUUCUACUUCACUCUGUAUCAUAUUGACACUGCCUGGAUGGCUGGCUGUACUAUAGGGGGCUGCCCUUUAAUGCCAGGCAUACAGUAGAUUUUCGUGAAAGGCAAAGUAGAUUUGCUUCUUUUGCCAGGGCCUUAGAACUCCCACAGAAAGGCCUGCCUUAAUAAGGGUGCCUGGACCCACCUCCAGCCUGGAUGAGAAGUUCCUUAAGGAGGCAGAGCCGUGCUGAACUGUCACGCUGCAAAGACCCCUACCCUCCUUGCCUUUGGAGCUACAGAAUCUUCAAUUCUCAAGUUAAGGCUUGGAUUGAAAUACCGAGCUCCCUCUUUCAGUCAAAUCUAGGGCUCACUUGAAUCUUCAGGGGACUGCAUUUCCCACUGAUCCCAGAUCUUUGGGGGUUUAAGUUGGUCUGCGUUUGGCAAGAGACACUUCCUGUUUCUAAGAAAAAUGGCUUAUGAGAGCUUACGAAAAAGACUCCAGGAGCUUUUGGACUGCAAAACGGCUCUUGCAAAACAACAUUUGGAUGAUUUACGUGUAAAUGAAUCAGAAACAUGUGGAUUAAAUUUCCUUGUGAAUACAGAUGGGUUUAAAAAUUAACGGAAAAAGUGUUUGGCAAAAUACAUUUUUUUUUAAUUGAAUCGAAAAUGUCAGGACUGGGGAAGGGGAUCAGGAGGGUGUGGGAGCCCCAGGGCUCAGACUCACCUAGCCUCCCCGUGUCUCCUGCAGGAUUGGUGGUAGUUGGGGUUCGCUUAAAAAAAGAAAGGCACUUUCUUCCAGACAUGAGAUUUGGGAAUGAAGAGGGCCUCUUCCUAGAUGCAGUCAUCACUGACAAGAACAUUAAUUUAAAUUUAGAAUUGCCAAUAAAAAGAAAGCAAUGACUUUCUCUCUCUGUCUGACAACAUGCUAAACCAUCAUUGGGAGCUAAAGAUGGCUGCCUCUCGCUCCUGAUGUAAGCGUCGCUCUCAUCUCAACAUAUCUCAAAGUGGCCACACUGUUUCAGUUUUCUCACACUCAUCCCUUGAUUCCUCACACCCGUCAUGUGAAGUGUGCCAUAUGAGAUGGUGCCUAUUUGAUAUAAGAGGAGACAGAGCCUAGGGAAGUUAAACAAUUAACACAAGGUCACCGAGCUAGUUUAGCAGCAGAAGGGAUGGGUUAGAAAUAAUAGCAGCUCGUCUCUAUUAGGUCUUUCCUAGGAGCUGAACCCAGGGCAAGCACUUCACAUGUGUUAUUUUGUUUAAAUCUCCAAUAACCCUAACAACAUCACGGCCCUUGCAAAUACUGAUUAACUGCAUUUUCUAGCUGAGGAGACAGAAGUCUAAGGAGACAAGCAACUACUUCUGGGGAACAUAGUAACGAAAAAGCCAGAGGUGGAAUGCUGGCCCACAGGAUCCCGUGCUCUCGUAAAUACCGCUGUGUGCGGCCGCCUAACUCUGAACAAUUUGGAAGAUUUGUGAUUGCUCCAAAGAGCCGUCCCUUUCCCAGGAUUUCACCCCAGCUUUUCUAGGCUACAAUUUGUUAGGGGCAUGGUUGGAUCAUUCCAGAAACCUUGAGUGAAGCAGCAGUGUAGAAGACAUCCUGCACUUUUAUGCAAACUGCCUCCUCUGUGGCUUCUCCCGACUUUAUCUGCCCAGUGAACAGUGCCUGCUGUAGCUGGUGUUUCCUUCUCACAGGCGUGAAGAUUGAGACGAAGGCCUUCAGAUUGCUGCUAUGGUACCCAGGCUUCGUGCUAAUACAGAGCACAGAGUGAGCCAGGGUUUUUUUGUAGAAAUUGCUGGCAAUUGGGAUGGGCUAGUUUUUUAUUUUAUAUUUUGGAAGUGAAGGAGAGAGGAAAAAAGAGUGACAAAUCGAAAAUUCUCACUAUUUUGCAGUUUGGGGCUGCAACUUUCCCAGCGGUAUUCCAACUAUGCAACUUUCCAGUUAUGUUUUAAAAUUGAAAUCAGAUUUGGAGGGACGUUUAGGAUCUUCUGUUCUGUUAAAAACACAUACAAAUAAUGAUAUAUUAUCAUUCUUAAUAAAGUGCAUGCAUAUUCUAUUAAAAAAAAAAACUCAUUCCAGGGAAGAUGAGAGCACAUUUGUGGCUAAUAUUCAACUAACAUAGUGGUGGGUGGGUGUUUUUUCCAUCUUUUUUUGUUUUUUCUCAGUGAGAGGUUUGGAUGCAAAACCAUUGACUCUGUCUUCUCUUU